CAGAAAGUAUAUAAAGUUUCUGGUAUGAUGUGUUCUCCUCCCAAACCGGCCCCGACUUAAACCUUAUUAACCCAUAUUUUGCGUCAAGUCAUUGAAAAAGACCAUUAACAUUAAUUGAUAAAGCCUCGUCCCUCUAUGAACUGCCAGGAUAACUGAGAGACCGCAUCCGCGCACCAUAUCUCGACGUUACAGGGUGUUCUAUAAAAAACCCAUCCAUAUUGAUCAAAGAAAGACCCAUCCUGGGCAACAUGAAUAGGUGAUCGCUAAUCACGAUGUCAUCGGUGGACGUCGGGUGUCUCGUUGAAGACACCAUCGUGACUGACGUAGGCCGGAGUAUUGAUGAUGUUUGUGGAAUGGACGAGGUCAAGGCGGCGCUCAAGGACCAUGUGAUAUCACCUCUGAAGACAGGAUCUCUAACUUGUCCCCUCCGCAUCUUACUAUGUGGAGCUCCGGGAACGGGCAAGUCGUAUCUGGUGAGAUCACUAGCCAAGGACAUCUUACCGGUGCCGAUGUAUGCCUGCCACUGUUGUGACCUUAUCUCAAAAUGGUAUGGUGAAGUCGACUUUCGGCGGAAGUUGUUUCAACACGCAGCUAGUCGAGAAACUGGGGCUGUGAUGUUGCUUGAUGAGUUGGAGACCAUCUGUACGCCACAUUACGCGAACCUUUUCGAAGUACUCAUUGAAGAGCUCGUAAAAUUGCCUCCCAACGUUGUGGUGAUCAUCAACUCACUGAGGCCAUGGACCAUCCCAGCCAACUUCUUACCCGUCUUCAACAAAAUACUCUACACCCCGGUUCCUGAUAGAGAAGCCCGGGCGAACCAGAUUCGGUCGCUCCUAAAGGACCAUCUGUCCCCAAACGACGAUGAUUUGGGAAUUUUAGCUGAUAUAGCAGAGGGUCUGACCGCUGCUGACAUCACAUGCUUCAUACAAGAGGCGGUAAAGAAACCCGUUAGAGACUUGAUGGAGGCUUCCUUCUUUGUGGAAAAAGAUGGGAAGAUGACACCAUGUGAUGCUGACACUGAGGGAUGCAUUAAAACAACUGCCUUUGAUCUGAUAGAUCUUCCUGAUGCUGAGGAUAAGGUGUCUUGUCGUCCAUUGUCUUUGUCGGACAUCCGGGAAUGCCUCAGUCGUGCCAGACCAUCUACCAGCGAAGAAGAAAUAGGGCAAUUUGAGGAAUUCCUCAGGCAGAAUGCCCGCUGAUGGGGAAACUUGGGAGUAAAUUAUACUCAGAUAAUACAAUAUUCGAACAGUAAAUGGAGAGCCUGACGAUUAAUGCCUACAGUUACAAGGUGUCAAUAUUUGUUGGUAGAGAUUGAUGUGGCAAGUAAAUAAAUACUGAAUGUCAUUGGACAGGCGUUGAUGAUGAAUUUAUGUUCCAUAAGGAGUUAGAAGUAGAAAUCGACCACAUGUACUCGUAAAGUACUCAUGUUGAAACCACUUACCGGGCGACCAUUUCAACCAGUAGAACAACAAGGAGUCUCCCAGGUUGUCAACUUGUCGUAUGUGCGUGUAUAUAUAUACAGACUAAGCAAUCUUAUCGACAUCAACAACAUAUGGUGAUGGUGUCGCCUUGUACAG